AGUAGUGGUAUUCCCAAACGGGUGGGCGGGCGCUGGUACGUCAACUGUUUGCUGAGCGUUAGGGAGAGGCUUGACCGACAGCUUAAAGGGAAAUUCCUGCAGCAAAGGCCAGGAACUGAAAUAGUGGGAAAUGGAGGACUUCAACUUACACUACAGGUUCUUAAAUUGGAGGCGACGAAUAAGAGAAAUAAGAGAAGUACGAGCAGUACGGCAUCAAGAGAGGUACAAACGCAUUCUUGUCGAUGGAGACAUACUGAGUUAUCAUGGAAAUGCUGAUGAAGUUGGCUGUUACGUGGCCCCUCGUCCUUUGACCAAGGAGAAUCAUUAUUUUGAGGUAUGUAUAGUGGAUACUGGCGUAAGAGGGACCAUUGCAGUAGGAUUAGUCCCUCAGUAUUACAAGCUGGAUCAUCAACCAGGAUGGCUUCCGCAUUCUAUUGCCUACCAUGCAGAUGAUGGCAAGUUGUUUAAUGGAAAUGAGGUGGGCCAGCAGUUUGGACCUAAGUGUUUUACGGGUGAUCGAAUUGGUUGUGGAGUCCACCCAGAAUCCUUUGAUAGAGGAAUGGCAACUGUGUUUUUCACAAGAAAUGGCAAAGAGGUGGGGUCAGUUGUUAUGGCCACAUCACCUGACGGAUUGUUUCCAGCAGUUGGAAUGCACUCCCUUGGUGAAGAAGUUCGCAUUGACUUUCAGGUUGAAUGGGGCCUGGAGGAGGAUGACAGUGUCAUGAUGGUUGACAGUCAUGAAGAUGAGUGGGGCCGUUUACACGAUGUUAAAGUUUGUGGAACACUAUUAGAGUAUAUUGGAAAAGGGAAGAGUAUCAUGGAUGUUGGCCUCGCACAAGCAAGACAUCCUCUCAGCACCAGAAGCCAUUACUUUGAAGUAGAGAUCGUUGACCCAGGUGAAAAAUGCUACAUUGCCUUGGGACUGGCAAGGAAGGACUACCCCAAAAAUCGGCAUCCAGGCUGGAGUCGAGGAUCAGUGGCCUAUCACGCAGAUGAUGGCAAGCUUUUCCAAGGAAGUGGAGUGGGAGAUCCCUUUGGCCCUCGCUGCUACAAGGGUGAUAUCAUGGGUUGUGGUAUCAUGUUUCCUCGAGAUUAUAUUUUAGACAGUGAUGCUGACAGUGAUGACUAUGUUGAUGCCGCAGAAGUGAAGCCCAAACAGAGACGUGUGAGAAACAUCAUGUAUUUUAAUGAUGAAGAUGAAGAGGAUGAAGGAGAGGAAAUGGAGCAAGAAUAUGAUGGAAAGAAAGUAACGGUAUUUUUUACUCGAAAUGGAAAGAUAAUUGGCAGGAAGGAAGCCCCAGUGCCUUCUGGAGGAUUCUACCCCACCAUUGGAAUGCUUAGCAAUGGAGAGAAGGUUAAAGUUGACCUGCAUCCCUUGAGCGGCUGAGCUGUCAGUCUGCUUCUUCCUGCACACAGCAUGUUCUUCUUCCUACUGACAUCUGCUGGCUGUGUUGGAGCCUGUAACUGCACAGAAUGUGUGCAGAAUUGACCAUUAUCUUUGGCCAUUUAUGUAACUCUGCAAUUCCAUUGGUGUAUUUAACAUAUGGUUACAUAGGACAUGUCUAUUUUGAUUGUUUUUGUUCAUUAUCUGUUAAAUCCUGCUUUAAAACACUAAAAGCCAUGACUGCUUUCAAAUCCUUUGCUAUUUCUGUAGGCCAAUAUUAAUUGAUUACCUCAAUUGGUAAGAACACUCCCUGAUGCUGAUCUCUACAUGUACAUCCAAAGCUGUUAAAAUAUCAAUAGCAGACAGCAAAUUAUAAGCUGAUCAAAAUUAGUUUUGUCCUUGUUUGCUGUCUGCAAGCUGCUUUUGAUAAAAUGUUUUUGAGGAAUCUGCUCCUGUCUGGUAGUAUAGCCCUCAAGUGUUCUAUAAUUAGCAGAGUGUACAAAUGCACUAAGUUUUUAUAUGGGAUCCUAGGAUCAUCGGAGAGCAUACAGAUGUGAGCUGUCAUCUCCUCACACUAAAUUCUGUGUAGAGUGUCUUACCCACACUACUGAUUGGGCUGCACGUCUGACACGUAUUAUCAUUGAUGUGGUGGUAAUUACCAGCUCACAGUAAGGUGAGUGACCCAGAUAGGAAAUAUCCCAUCAAUACUUCCUCUUUCAGAUGUUGAUCUAUCUGUUGCAAAUGAGCAUUCCUGUUCCUUCCUUCAAUUACAGUAUCGUCAGCGGUCAAUCUGCAUUGUGAAACAAAUGUUGCCAGUAGUAUGCUCUUCCCUAUUUUUUGGCCCCUGUUUCUGUGGCGCAUCUCCACUGCACUGGGUAAGAUAGCAAGCCUCAGUCAGAACAUUUGAGUGCACAGCUACUAGACAUUAUACACUAAAAACACUGGGAGAACCUCUGUUCGCUGAAGAAGUAUCGGGGAGGUGUGGUAUGAUGCAAUCCUGAAGAUAGCCAACUGCAUGUGUUGUUGGGGUGUCAUUCAUUAGAAGAAAAUAGACACUGACAAAACAAUGCCAACAAUUCGAGAAAUGUUUGUUCCCCAUCAAACUUUGCUGAGUUCAAACGGUACUCAGCCCCUGUGUACAGAAUUUUAUAAAAUAACUCCACUCAGCCCAUUCACAUCUUUCCCAUAUCAAAUUAACUUUAUGAAAGUUUUAAACCUACAACUUUUGCUUAAGUUUUAAAUGUUGCAAUGUGCAGAAUACAAUGUUUUGGCAAGGUUUCUCAAGCCCUUUUUCCACUUUGCUAAUGCCAUUGUUCCUGUUGUGUGCUAAAUAUGCCCCAUUUAAUGAAAGCCUUUAGCCCUUUCAACUUUGGCAACUUUACCUUGGAAUCCUGCAUCAUGAACAAGAGACAAUAAGUUUUUUUUUCCUACUUUAUCGAACUUUAAUUCCCAUUAAUAAGGUUUUCAAGUUGGAGAAUAAAAUAUUUUGCGAAGAGUGGAAAGCUUCGGAUAGGAAUGUGUGUGAUAUUCAAGUGCCUUUCAGAUCUGUUGCAGACUUUGUUUGCAUCACAUCAUAUAAAAUGAAACUUGGGAUAAAGUGCUGUAGUGUUCUGGAUCUGAACCAUAUGUAAAACAGUAAAUGUUAGAUUGGAGGCUUGUGGAGUUCUUUUGGAUUAUGAGGAAGAGCUGUCAUAAUUCAAGAGAUAGACUUUCCCUGUCUUCUCCUCCAACUCAGAAUUCCAUAAUGAUCUCAAUAAACAGAACCUUACAUGGCUAAAACAGUAUUUGUGACACACAUAACAUGACUUGUAUUGAACAGGGACAGAUGAGGUAGAGGAAAUGCUACAGGUAUUAGGGAGGCCAUUCAGAUGUCUAAGGCAUUUAAAAACAAGGUGCUCUCCUUUAAGUGCUACAUUAUGAAGUGAAGUGAACACUGCUAAAGGGCUCAUUGUCCAACCCCAGUGUCCUUUUUGUUCUAUUGCCCAAAUUUCAUUCCUUUCUUUGAUUUGGUAUUAUCUGCAGCUUCCCACUCUUCCCCCUGCUUGUUUGAGGUGAUGGUAACUGUCCAGUUACGGACCAAUGUCCAGCAGUAACAAGUUUCAUGUUUUGUAAACGUAUUUGGCAUUCACUCCUCCUUCCCAGCCAGUAAACAGAUGUUUAUCUCAUCUGAAUUGGAGCUGAAUUUGAUGAUUCACCUCAGAAUAAGCAAAUGAACAGGGAGGUUGCAGCCAUGUGCUUUACCUGCUUUUAUUUCCAAGCAUUGCACUGAGGAAAAAGGAAACCAUUUUAUGUACUGUCAAUGUAUGAGUGAUUUCUGUAACAUUGUGUGUUAAACUGAGAUUUCCUGAAAGGGGCUAUAACAGAGUUCAAAGUUAUAUAAAAAAAUACAAUUUCUCCCCACCCGAUCUUUGAUAUAAUGUGAGUGAUUGUAAAUUGUAAAUUGCUUAUUGAUUGUGGAUAUUUUUGAGAAAUUACCUUUGGCAUGUGGCAGUCUCCUACCAAUUAUUUUGUACCAAUAGCAAUCUUGUGCACUAUAUUAUAUCAAAGAUAUGUAUAUAAUUCAGAUGUUUAUAUGCCUUAAUUAAAAUAGAUAUUUCCCU